AUUACAGCAGGCAGGGACUGAGUCGGAGGGGAGGAGAACACGCCCCUCGGCCCCAGAAGUGCAACUUCAUUUAGCAGCUCCCAGCACAAGGAAACUGCAAGUCUGAAACUGGCUGGGACUCCCCGGGCCAGCUUGGCUGCUCACCAUCACGGGCAGAGACGCCAGGAGGGUGUAAUCCAGCUGCGAUUUCUUCCUUGGUGGCGGGACCGCGGGACUCGGGAGCGGAGAGGCGUCGGGAGCCGGGGUGGCCAAGCUGUGCCCUGCUGCAUAUGGAGCUUGUUUGAAGUCAUGUCCAGAAGGAAAGUCAACUAAAUCAGCAGCCCAGCUCUGCUCUGUUGGACACCCUCAGCCCCAAGGAUGGCUAAGAAGGAGCCUGAGCAGCCCCAUGCCCCAAAGUGCCACAGCUGCCCUGCACAGAUCAACAGGACUCACUCUGACCGACAGGCCCUUUGCUCUCACUGCAAAGACAGCAUUUUGCAGACAUAUAGAGAUGCAAUGGAGGUAGAGUCCAGCACCUACACUGACUUUAUUUCCUCUGAUCGGGCUGGCCGGAGGAACGCUGUCUACGACAUCCAGCAAGAGGCAACCACCAUCAGCAUGCGUAAGCUGACCGGGGACAUAGGUAACCUCUCUGUGGAAGGACCAGCAGAAACCCAAGGAGAUGCCGCUUCUUCUGAGAACAACCCUGGAGCAAGUCCAAAUGAGCAAGAAGACAGUCCCUCCCCAUGACAGUGUGCAGGGGAGGGGAUGGGAUGGGAGGAGGGCCUUGCUGUGAGCCUGGAACAAGAAUUUGCUAUUUAAUCUGCAGAUAAAAGCCAAUGUGGGACAGCAAGUUGUCUGUCAAAUGCCUCUGCUGCAACCAUUUUUGUUUAGAGAGCCACGAGAUGCUGUGCAAGGACUGGCACCUCCAAAAGACUUCUGCUCCCAUCCCUAAUGAUUUAGAGCAACACUGCCAUGGUUGCAGUGAUAUGAGCCAUUCUCAAGAUGCCUUAGCUGCAAUUUUCCCCUUGGGGAAAAGCCAAUUUCAGUAAUAAUAGACACAUCAGACUUUCCUGUCCAAGGUACCUUCCUCCUUCACAAAUUUAGACUAUUAUUUAUUCUGUUUCCAUAGAUUAGAAAUUUAGAUUAUUGGUUCUUCUAAGCCUCACCCUCAUCCACAUCUUAGACCUGACUUGGCCUCUGGACCAUCCAUGUGGCUUCUUGUCAGGGUGGGCAGCAGGGAGGGGACCCGGCCAGUCCCGCUGCCUUCAUGUCACCUGUGCUGCUGCCGCUUGGCAUCAGGAAAGGACCAAAGCACAGCUCCGUGUGGGCAAGCUCCACCUACAGAUCCAGCAGCACCAGCCACAGGCAUCUUUUUCUUUGGGUUUUAGGAUUUUAAGGGGAGGGGAGAAACAUUUUGCUGGUUUGACUGUUGAAAUUCAGGCUUAACUUUGCAAGCUGUUAGCCCAGAUGAUCUCUGGUAGGAUCUCACACUGUUCUCUCUUUUAGGAGACAUGUUUUGUGGUAAAGAUGGUUUGAUAAAACUAUAUAAGCUGUUGGAAUAAAUAACACAGUCUUCAAGUACUGAA